UUGCAGGGUCAAAACCGACAAAUUGUAACAGCCCUCAAACAGAAGCGAAGAACAUUAAAGAACCGAGGUUAUGCAUUCAACUGUCGCAUCAGAAGGAUCCAAAAUCAACUUCAACUGGAAGCGGACAAUAUGAUGCUGAGAAAUCAAGUGCGAUGUCUUAAGCAAAUGCUGCAUUCUCUACAGACGCGAUUAGCUUAUUACGAGCCUAGUUUCGCGUCUGUUAAUGACGUGCACUCCGAAGCGAUUACUUCUUCAUAUCCACAAUCAUAUAAAUAUUAG